AUGGCGGAGGGGGGCGGAGUUUCGCGGCCUGUGAUUCUGGAGGAUUACUUUAUGGCAGAAGAAGAACUUCUGCUUGACAAAACAGGUGAAGAGGACGAGAUCGAUCUUUACAAUAACUUGACCUUCACUUCCUCAGCCUAUCUGGAAGAGAGUGAGGUAAAAACCUUGGCCGCAGACCCAGAAGAGGCUCCUGUGAAUGGAUUAGAAGAACCAGCGCCUGCAGGGGAAGAGGCAGGCCCUUCAGAGACGGCGGAGGAGCAGCUGAUGCUAGAAGAUGUGUCAGAAGACGAAAGCCACCCCUCUGAGCCGGAGGUCACUUACGAAACUGCAGAGGAGAUGGGGGAAGAGGAGAUGGACAUGGCUGAACCAGAGGAGGAUCCUGCGAGUGAGGAAGCAGACGAACAGAAUGACCUGGGGGACCCGGCGGUCAUGAGGGCCGUGCGUGGCCGGCUGGCCUCAGAGGCAAGAUGGUCUCCGAGGCCAGGUCUUUUCCACACGGCCUCUUUGUCGGGCCUGUCUGACUGCCUCGCCCCUUCUGUUGCCUCGUGGGCAAGUGCCUGGGGCGUGGAGGGAAAGAGAGAAGAUUCUGCUGUGCUCAACCGUAGGAUUGCCAGCAGCCUUCCAGAUUACGCUACUGAUUACUUGAAUAAUCCCUUUGAGGGAGCUUCAAAAUCUGAUUUGUGGAACUCUGCGCUGAGACGUGCCUCAUCCCGAAAUCUGAUGGAG